AUGAUUUCUCAUCUCUUCUUCACUGAUGACCGUCAAUUGUUUGCCAGAGCUAAUUCAAAAGAAGUUGAUUGUAUCAUGAAGACCCUCAAAAAGUAUCAAGAUUCCUCUGGCCAAAUGGUGAGCCUAGAUAAAUUGGAAGCUUCAUUUAGACAAAAUGUGUGUGAUGAAGAAAAGGAGAUGAUCCGUAAUUGGAUGGGUGUAAAGACUGUGACGAGCCAUGCUAAGUAUCUAGGUCUACCAGUUAUGUUUAGAAAUAUAAAAAAGGACGUUUUUGCUCUGGUCAUUGAAAUGGUGUGGAAGAAAAUAAAGGGUUGGAAUGAGAAGUUUCUUUCUAGAGCAGGGAAAGAGGUGUCAAUAAAAGUUGUGGCUCAAGCAAUUCCAAGUUAUAUAAUGAGUUGUUACAAGCUUCUGAAGUCUUGUUGUCAUGAGAUUGAAGCAAUGUUAGCUAAGUUCUGA